AUGGCUUCCUUAGCCCAAUGGUAUCGAUUAAGGCAAAGAACCUUAAUAUCUAUAUAUAACAACCCAGAUCUUACGUUAACUGAUCAGCAAAUCAGAAACUACGCACUUCAAGAAAUUGAGAAGAUUAUGUUGAUUAACGGAGGUUCCCUUAAAAAUAUCACCGACUUCCCACAACCAUCUAGAGAAGAUCUUGAUAACUCCAACCGUUUAAUUGCUGAUGAAAUGAGGUAUAAUGAUGGUACUUUGAAAGAAAAACACGAUCAGUGGGUUGAAAUGCUAACUUCUGAGCAAAGAGCCAUCUACGAUGAGAUAACUGGUGCUGUUUUAGAAGACAAAGGGGGAGUGUUCUUUGUUUAUGGUUUUGGAGGAACAGGUAAAACGUUUAUUUGGAAGACUCUCUCGGCUGCUAUUAGAUAUAGGGGAAAGAUAGUGCUCAACGUUGCCUCCAGUGGGAUUGCUUCUUUGUUGUUAGAAGGUGGAAGGACUGCACAUUCUAGAUUUGCUAUACCUCUAAUAGUGGACGAUUAUUCUUUAUGUAAGAUUAAGCCUAACUCUGAUCUGGCUAAUCUUAUAAAAGAGGCAUCUCUUAUUAUUUGGGACGAAUCACCAAUGAUGAGCAAGUAUUGUUUUGAGUCUUUAGAUAGAAGUUUUGCUGAUAUAAUGUGCAACGUAAGCAGCAGUGUUUUCGCUGGUAAAGUUGUUGUUUUCGGAGGUGAUUUCAGACAAGUUCUUCCAGUUAUCCAUGGUGCAGGACGAGCUGAGAUAGUCUUAUCUGCUCUCAAUGCUUCUUAUCUUUGGGAUCAUUGUAAGGUUUUGAAGUUGACUAAGAAUAUGCGUUUGCUGCAAAAUGGCUUAAGUCAAACUGAAGCUAAUGAUAUCCAAGAUUUUUCAAACUGGUUAUUAGAUGUUGGUGAUGGUAAGAUUUCAGAACCUAACGAUGGUGAAGCUUUGAUAGAUAUUCCAGAAGAAUUCCUGAUUACAGAAGCAGAGAAUCCUAUAGAAGCAAUUUGUACAGAAAUCUACGGUGAUCUGGCAUUGCUAAAAAGUAAUGCUGAUGCACAAUUCUUCCAGAAAAGAGCUAUAUUAGCACCCACAAAUGAAGAUGUCAACAUCAUCAAUCAGUUUAUGCUUGAUAAAUUGGACAGUGAAGUGAAGGAGUAUCUAAGUGGUGAUAGUAUCGAUCCAAGCGAUACAGAUUCUUUGAAAAAUCCAAUUAUCACACCGGAUUUUUUGAAUAGUAUCAAGCUCUCAGGUUUGCCUCAUCAUGCUUUACGAUUGAAAAUAGGAGCUCCUGUUAUGUUGCUUAGGAAUAUUGAUCCUAAAGGUGGAUUAUGCAAUGGGACUAGGCUUCAGAUAACGCAAAUGGCUAAUCGUGUUGUUGAAGCAAAAGUUAUCACAGGUGAUCGGAUUGGAGACAUAGUCUUAAUUCCACAGGUUGUUGUUACACCAUCGGACACCAAAUUACCAUUCAAGAUGAGACGAAGACAAUUUCCACUUUCUGUAGCGUUUGCUAUGACUAUCAACAAAAGCCAAGGACAAUCUCUAGAGCAUGUGGGUAUAUAUUUGCCUAAACCAGUUUUUUCUCAUGGUCAGUUGUAUGUUGCUUUAUCUAGGGUAACUUCGAAGAAAGGAUUAAAAAUCUUAAUCGUCAACAAAGAAGGGAAGGUUGACAGACAGACAAAGAACGUUGUCUUCAAAGAGGUGUUCCAGAAUCUGGGCAACUAGGCUUGCUGUUUUACACGUACGCUUCACUUCAACUUGUGGUGAUACGAUUUAGACAAACCUGCUAAACUCUUUUAAUUCAUUUAACGAUUGCUUUAGGUAAUAAGUUGAAUUGCAAAAUGUGUAGUCACUGAUACGAGUUUACCAUUCAC